AUGGCGGCACCCAUCCUGGAGACCCUCCAUCCUUGCUUACUGUGUGCCUGGAGUUCCUUCAGGACCGCGGUUCUGAUCGAUUGCGGCCACAAAUUUCUGCCGUGCUUGUAAUCACCCCGUUGGUGGGAAGGGCUGGAAGGUUCUUAUCCAUGUCCAGUAUGUCGGAAAAGCUCCAGACGACGUCGGUUCCGACCCAAUAGACAACUGGGCAACAUGGCGGAGGCGGCCCGACAACUGAGAGCUAUGAAGAGGAAAGCUGGGGGGGUGAAUGGGGACGGGGAGGAUGAGGAGGGUGAAGGGAGGUGUGAAGAACAUGGGCGAGACCUCGCUGACAGCUCGGUGUCGUCGCAUCGCCUGCGCAUCAGCGCCGAGUUCGAGGAGCUGCACCGGCUGCUGGAGGAGGAGGAGCAGCAGCUGCAGCGGCGCCUGCAGGACGAGGAGAGCAGCGUCCUGCUGCAACUGCGCCGCAACGCCAUGCAGCUCCUGCAGCGCCGCAACCACCUGCAGCAGCUGCUGCGGUACCUGCAGGACAAGUGCAUGCAGGAGGGGAUGCGGCUGCUGCAGGUGGGAUAUCCCCCCAUAGGUGACAUCACCCUGGACCCCGACACAGCCCACCCCAACCUGGUCUUAUCAGCCGACCGUAAGAGCGUCCGUUUCGUGUCGACUCGUCAGCUCCACCUGCCGGUGACCGAGCGUCGUUUCACCUCCUACCCCUGUGUAUUGGCCACAAGGGGCUUCACAUCCGGCCGCCAUUACUGGGAGGUUGAAGUCGGCCGUAAAACCCACUGGGCCCUCGGGGUGUGCGGGGAUUCGGUUUGUCGUAACGGGGAAAUGGCCGCCGGGCCCCAAAGCGGCUUUUGGAGGGUCCGGUUAUGGAACGGGGAUCGAUACGCGGCCACAACGAACCCAUUCACCCCUAUUACACCCCGCGUGGCUCCGACCCGCGUCGGGGUCUUUGUGGAUUAUGAGGCCGGGGAGGUUUCGUUUUAUAACGUGACGGAUCGGUCUCAUCUCUUCACGUUCAAUAAUGGGUUUAAGGAGAAAAUAUGGCCGCUCUUCUAUCCCGGUAUCCCGGCUGGAAGGAAGAACGCGGCCCCGCUCACUAUCUGCCAGCCCACGGACUGGGACUGAGGGCGGCCAUCUUGCUUCUGGUUCGAAUCAUGUGACUUUCUGCUUGGGAUCAUGUGAUUUCUGGUAUGGGACCCAACAUGGCAGCCAACAUGGGAUUCAAUAUGGCGCCCAACAUGGGAUUCAACAUGGCACCCAACAUGGUGCUCAACAUGGGAUCCAACAUGGCGGCCAACA